CAUCAAAUCGGCAUACAACACGACUGAACAGAGCUUUUCAUGGUUGAAACAAUUAGACUUACUGGUCCAAUACCUAUAUAUCGUUCUCCAAUCAUUCAAUGUAGAGUUAGUUACACGGGACCAUCCAAGUAUAUUUCUUCAGAAAUUUAUUGGCAUUGAUACUAGGCGUUUUGGUGGAGAGCAAACCGCCACAUCAACUUAGUAACGGGUCCAUGACUUCUAUCAAGACGUUAUGGAUUUGAAUAUAACAGAGGUAUACAUCCAUCUUGACAGUUAGCAUAUUCGCUGGCCUCGGAUUAUCCUGCUGUCAAAUCUUGAGCAUACGGAUGACAGAACCAUACAGCCAAUUGGAAGAACCCUAGAUUAGGAAGGUUACUAAAGUUGGCAGCUACAUACUCAGACGAGUAAUCUCGCUCCGCGUGCAACGUUUUGAGGGAGGACUUAUAAAAGCAAAAAUAAACCAGAGAAAUCACUUUGGCAUGAGAUGAAGUAGCUGUCUCUCAUCGAUUCUUGCUCCAUGUGAACAUUCAGAAGAUGCUAGCUUUACAGCCUGUACUGAAACCUUUGUUCGAGAUAAAGCUGAAUAAUUAGCUAUCGACGUUAAGAUGAGUUGAACCACUGAGGCACGGCCAUCCAAACUCAGGAUAGACAUUGAGGAUUGAGUACACACCACAUUUCCUAUCAUGGCCUAGAUUAUCAGUUUUAUAGAUCUUGGAAAGCAACAAGCUGUUUGUCUUACGAGUAUCACGCUCUUGAAAAGCUACUCCAACACUCACAAAGCCCGUUCAAAUUUCAGAUAUGCGAGAGCUUGUUUUCAUCCGAUUUUGAGCAUUACCUUGUGGUACCUAUACGACUAUUUGAUUAAUCCACAAAACAAUCUCCCAUGGGUCACUGGUGGAAUGUGAAUCAGACAGAAACUCAUAUCUCUUUGGUUCAAAUUGAACGUCUCUCAUGCUCGACCACAGCGGCAUCGCAUUAUUAUUUCACGAGCGUUUAUCCAUCAUGCAAUCGUCAUUUUUCACAUACCUGGACAGGAGGUCUUAUCAUUUUUCCGUUGCAAUGACUUUGGUUUUGUUCGUUUUAACUCUGAUGAUGACAUUUUGGGCACCUCCCGCUCUAACUCUCGAUAUGCGAGCCUUCAAAGCUUUGCCAGAAAAUGAAGCAGGCUCUCUCCACGAUUUCUAUUACUUUUACCACUUGAGUUAUUACUCAGAGAACUACGCCAUGGAAUCUGAUGACUUGGCGGACACGAAACAGUUUUCUGCGGCAUCUGGCAACCGAGACUUCUCGAAGCUCAAGAACGACACCUUAAUCCAAUUUCCUCAAGAUCUGAAGAAUCGAUUACAGAGGAGCAGCAGGUCUACAUCUUUGAAUUUCGCGCUUGCCUCGUCUGCUAUUGCCAGUAUUUGCAUCUAUAUCCUGGUCAACUUGGCAAUCAUUAACUGGUGUGCCGAGCUAUGCGUUGCUAUCUUGAGGCGAUCAGGUACAGAAAUGAGAAGAGCAUCUGUAACCCGCAUUAAGUAUCUCAGAAACUUUCUGAAGGAGUGGACUGCAAUUCCAAUCAUGGUGAGAUGUCCCCUUGGAGUGGCAUAUCUUCCAGUCUUUUUGGCCUCUGAAAAAUUUAGGGAAUAGCGAUUCUUUGCUUGAUCAGUAUGAUUUGCAACUUUCUUUGGGAACGGGGGCUUUACGAAGCUUUUACAUCAGCGGAUGAUACAACAGGGAUACAAGCGCAUAGGGGAAGAGCACUUUUGGCGCUGGCGUACGCAAUGUCUUAUACAGGUGGAAUAAAUCUAGCCUGUUGGGGAGUGGUUAUGUGGAGAGCCCGAAACAAGAGGGCAGAUCUAGAAUGGCAGGCCACGCUCCCUAGGGGAAUUGAGCUCCGAAGGAAGGGUUUCGCGCCCAGAUGUUAAUAAUUAUGCCUCGCUUGAUUAGACGUAUAUAUUGUAUUCCAGUUAAUGCACAUUAUGGGAAA